CAAAUUGCAGGUAGCUUCGGCCAUAACACUUUCCUCUGUGAGCAGCUCGAUAUAUGCGCGUCUCUAUCCUUAGCCUCACUAUUCCCGCGCUCAUCCUGAUCUUGGCCGAACGCUCCAUCUUUGCUUCUUAAGGUAUCAGGUUUUCACCCUGUAGGGCUGCGGACAUCAGCUGUGACUGCUCGCCGCCUGUAACGCUCGGAUCAGACCAAUGGCUGCUCACAUCGAAAAGGCGCUGGAGAAGGUGGAGAAGUAUGUACAGGAGAACAAGAAGACGGUAGCGAUCGCUGCUGGUGCCACAUCUGUGGCACUGCUUGCAGCUUAUGCUUACCGCCGCGCCCAGACGGCGGUCCCGGCCCGCGGCCCAUAUACGGUCGACACUCUGCCGGCCGACGCUUACGACGCGGUCAUCGUAGGCGCCGGUCCUUCUGGCUCCGUCUGCGCUUAUUACAUGUCCCGCGGUGGUGCUAAGGUAGCCCUUCUGGAGAAGGAAACGUUCCCGCGCGACAAGUACUGUGGCGAUGCUGUCUGCACGCCUGCGAUUCGCAUCUUGGAGGACAUGGGCGUCCUCCAGGAGCUCGUCGCCAACAACGAAGCCCAUUUUGCCGAUGCUGGUGGCUUUGUUAGCCCGAAUGGCACUUCCUAUAUUGGCGUCUCCAAGCAGAAGCUUGGCCAGGCGGCAUGCUGUGCGGUUAAGCGUAUCAACCUGGACGUGCGCGUCGCCAAAAACGCCGCCCGCGCUGGUGCUGAUCUCAAGGAAAACUUUGAGGUUAGCAGUGCUUCUUUUGAUAAGGCCUGUGGCCUGUGGACCGUGACAUCUGCCUCCGGCGCAACCGUCCGUGGCCGUGUGCUGGUCUGCGCGGACGGCGCCACAUCCCGCCUCGCCACCAAGCUCGGCUACUGCACAGAGCCGCCCAAGGGUAUCUGCUCGCGCGCUUUCAUCGAGGGAGGCACCCACAACACCAACUUUGAUGGCGUGUGCUUUUACCCCAAGUGGUCGCUGCCUGGCUAUGCCGCCAUUUUCCGCCACCCCAACGAGGAGCUCAACUUCUGCUACUACCUCAUCCCUUGCGGCAAGGACGGCUACUGCGGUGACGUCAAGGAGUCGGAUCUGGCACGUCUGCACAACGACGCAAUCAAGUACGACCCGUUUAUUUCAAAGUCGAUUGGGCCCAACGCAAAGAUUGAGCGCAUGCGUGCCGCCAGUCUGCGCUUGGGUAGCCAGGGUCUCAAGACGAGCUUUGAUGACCACCUACUCAUUAUUGGUGACGCCGCCGGCCACAUCGACCCGUACACCGGCGAGGGCAUCCACACGGCCAUGAUGGGCGGCAAGGCGGCUGCGGAGACCAUUCUGUCCAUGCGCCAGACCGGCGAUUUCUCGGCUCGUUCCACCCGGCAGUACGAGGCCAAGUGGCGUGCCCUAUACGGCCACGACUUCUGGAUGAGCAAGGCGUUUGCGGAGGUGGUGUACCGCUGCCCCAUCCUACUGGAUGCCGUGGCCAGCGAAAUGCAGCGCAAGGGCGAUGCCAUGAUGUCCAAGUGGGCCGAGAUCAUGACCAACAUGCAGCCCAAGACGUACUUCUUGCGGCCGCACGUGGCCAUCCCGCUGGGCAUUGCCGUGGUGCGCGAGUUUAUCGACCAGAAGAUCUUGGGCACGAAGAAGGACAAGUACCAGAUGUUGCCCAAGUGAGCAUCGUGAAGACCGGGAAGCAGUGGACGGUGAUGAAACGGUGCUGGGGUUUGAUGAAACAGAGCCGUUGUGUCGCUGCUUGUCGCUUUGGUGCAGCUUGCAGAGGCAGGUGGUAGUCGACGCCCAUGGGUAUGAACCAUCUUGUCUUGCGCUGCAAGCUGGAGCAAAGCAUGGGAAGGUUAUAUGUGGUUUGUAGCAAACCCCCGAUGCACGGUUGUGCGGCGCGUCGACUGGCGCACAACCCUAUUUAAUAAGUAUGUGAAUAGGCCGUGAGUGGUGUUUGACCACGACGUGAAGCGUUUUGAGUGAAGCUGAGCACAGGCCAGGGCGAGCUGCAGCAGUUUUGACUAACCUGUCUAGUUGUCGGUUCCGUAUGCGUGGCGGGCGGGCGCAGGUAUGAUAUGAUAGUGCGAGUGACAGGGAGACUAACCACUGUGUGCUGCCUUGUUCGACGGGUAUGGCGACUAUACGACGCCUUCUGCUAAUGGCGUUAGGAGGCUUCUUUCGUUUUUUGAUUGUCCCUGUGUUUGCGUUUUUUGCAGCUAGCCUUGCCUUGACUAAGGCAAGGUAGAUCGCUUCCUUUCUCCUUAUCCUCCAAUUGUUUAAUGAAACAAGGUUAUGUAUCACGAUCGUUUUUGCCACAUCUGGCAAAUUUUAUACACGUGACAGAUAACUUGCACAACCCAAAGUAUAUCAUCCGUACACUGAUUGUCAUUCAAAACAAAGCCGUGCGACGUGAGCAAAUUGCAAAUAUGGUUGAUUAUUUGUCGUUACGCAUGUUUCG